AUGAUUGGGCCAACCUCCAUAGAGAAAGCGGGCGAUUUUCUUAACUGCUGUGCUUCUUAUCCUGUUUCGGGACCGCCUGGCGGGCGGAAGCCCAGCCCGUCCCCGGAACGCCUGGCGGGCGGAGGCCCGCCAAGUCCCUGGGGGACGCCCGCGUCCCGAGACGCCUGGGCGAGAGGGGGCCCGCCGGUGUCGACCUGGCGGGCGGAGGCCCGCCCGUCCCCGGGACGCCUUGGCGGGCGGAGGCACGCCCGUAUCCCCGGGUACGCCUGGCGGGCGGAGGCUAGCCGUCGGGACGCCUGGCGGGGCGGAGGCCCGCCCGUCCCCCCAGGGACGCCUGGGCAAGGGGGCGGAGGAACCCGCCGGUCACCCCUGGACGCCCUGGCGGGCGGAGGCCCCGCCGGUCCCGGGACGUCGGGAGCCUGGCGGGCGGAGGCCCGCCGGUCCCAGGGACUGGCGGGCGGAGGGUCCGCCGGGUUCCCCCGGGGACGCCCCUGGCGGCGGAGGGACGCCUGGCCGGGCGGAGGCCCGCCGGUCCCCGGGACCCUGGCGGGCGGAGGCCCGCCCGUCCCCGGGACGCCUGGCGGGCGGAGGCCCGCCAGUCACCGGGACGCCUUGGCGGGCGAGCCCCCCCCGUCCCCGGUAGCCUGGCGGCGGAGGCCCGCCGUUCCCCCGGUACGCCUGGCGGGCGGAGGCCCGCCCGUUCCCCGGACGCCUGGCGGGCAGGGGCCGCCGGUCCCCGGGACGCCUGGCGGGCGGAGGCCCGCCGGUCCGGGACCUGGCGGGCGGAGGCCCGCCGUCCCCGGUGGACGGCCUGGCGGGGGAGGCCCGCCGGGUCCCCCUGGACGCCUGGGCGGGCGGAGGCCCGCCGUUCCCCUGGGGACGGCCUGGCGGGCGAGGGCCCCGCCGUCCCCGGGACGCCGGGCGGGCGGAGGCCCGCCGGUCCCCCGGACCCUGGCGGGCGGAGGCCCGCCGGUCCCCGGGACGCCUGGCCUGGGCGGAGGCCCCGCCGGGUCCCCCGGGGACCCGGCGGGCGGAGGCCCCCGCCGGUCCCCGGGGACGCCUGCGGGCGGAGGCCCGCGUUCCCCCACCGCCUGGCGGGCGGAGGGCCGGCCGGGUGGUCCACCCCGGGACGCCCGGGCGGGCGCCCUGGCCCCCGGGUCCCCCGGGAGGCCCGCCGGUAGGCCCGCCUCCCCCGGGACGACCCACGCCUGGAAGGCCCGCGUUCCCCGGGACGCCUGGGGGGGCGGAGGCCGCCCUCCCCGGGACGCCUGGCCGGGCGGAGGCCCGCCCGGGUCGGACGCCUGGGCGCAGGCCCGCCCGUCCCGGGACGCCUGCGGGCGGAAGGCCCGCCGGUCCCCGGGACGGCCUGGCGGGCGGAGGGGCCCCGCCCCGCCCCGGUCCCCGCCCGGGACGCCUGGCUCGGGCGGAGGCCGCCGGUCCCCGGGACGCUGCGGGCGGAAGGGCCCGCCCUUUCCCCGGUCCCCGGGACGCCUGGCGGGCGGAGGGCCCGCCGUUCCCCCGGGGACGCCGGCGGCGGAAGCCCGCCGUUCCCCGGGGAAGACGCCUGGCGGGCGGAGGCCGCCGGUCCCCCGGGGACCCGGCCUGGCCCCCGGGAGGAGGCCCGCCGGGUACCCGGGGAUUGCCCGGCGGCGGGCAGGAGGCCCGCCAGGUUCCCCGGGACGCCCGGCGGGGCCCCGGGAAGGCCCGCCGGUCCCCGGGAUGCCCGGCGGGCGGAGGCCCGCCCGUCCCCGGGACGCCCUGGCCCGGAUGCGGCCGCCCGGUCCCCGGGACGGGGCCCUGGUGGCCGGAGGUUCCGCCCCGGUCCCCGGGACGCCUGGCGUGCGGAGGCCCCCCGUCCCCGGGACGCCUGCGGGCGGAGGCCCGCCGUCCCCGGGGACCCUGGCGGGCGGAGGCCCCGCCGGUCCCCGGACGCCUGGCGGGCGGAGGCCCGCCGUCCCCGGGACCCUGGCCGGGCGGGCGGAGGCCCGCCGUCCCCCUUCCGGGGACGCCUGGCGGGCGAGGCCCGCCGUCCCCGGGGACGCGCCCUGGCGGGCGGAGGCCCGCCGGUCCCCGGGGACGCCCUGGCGGGCGGAGGCCCGCCGGUCCCCCGGGACGCCUGGCGGCGAGGCCCGCCGUCCCCCGGGGACGCUGGGCGGGCGGAGGUUUCCCCGACCCGUCACGGGGACCGGGGUUGGCGCCUGGCGGCGGAGGCCCAGCCGGUCCCCGGCCCGGGCGCCCGGCGGGCCCCGGGAGGCCCCCCUUCCCCCGGGGCGCCUGGCGGGCGGAGGCCCGCCGGCCUCCCCCGGGACGCCUGGCUGGCUGAGGCCCCCCGUCCCCGGACGGCCUGGUGGGGGCCCGGAGGGUCCGCCCGGUCCCCGGGACGCCUGGGCGGGCGGAGGCCCCGCCCGUCCCCGGGACGCCUGGCGGGCGGAGGCCCGCCGUCCCCCGGGACGCCUGGCGGGCGGAGGCCCGCCGGGUCCCCGGAACGCCUGGCGGCGGAGGCCCGCCCGUCCCCGGGACCCGCCUGGCAGGGGGGGGCGAGGCCCGCCCGUCCCCGGGACGGCUGGCGGCGGAGGCCGCCGGUCCCCGGGACGGCCUGGCGGGCGGGCCCGCCGGGUCGGGACGCCUGGCGGGCGAAGCCCCCGUCCCCGGGACGCCUGGUGGGCGGAGGCCCGCCGGUCCCCGGGACGCCUGGCGGGCGGAGGCCCGCCGGUUCCCGUGACGCCUGGCUGGCGGAGUCAUCACGUCAAUGAACCUACAAUCUACAAGCGUCGCCUGGCACACAGCCAGACAAUAGCUCUUAAUUGUGUCACUGAUGCAAAAGCAAUGACGUCCCUGAAGACUCCACGGCUGAUAAAUCGGCAGCCCAUAGUAAAGGUGGUCAUUGGAAUUUCAAAUGAUCGCAUCAAAAGCCCUGGCAACGGCGAGAUCUUAACUAACACAGACAACGCAGAGCCUCACCCUAUCCCCAUAGAGAACGGCCAUUUAAUUCAAACGCCUUCAAAGGAAUUGGGGAUGAUCAGUUCCCCCUUGUCCCGGUUGUGUUUACUUAGCGCCCUCGAGAUAUGCAUAUGGGAGCCUCUGAUUCAUGGGAGUGAAGUGCCCGUCGCUAAUGAAGUACGCUACGGCCUACGGAUGAAGUGGGUCUUGUGA